UCAACACCACCACCACCACCUCCACCUCCUCCAUUCCUUCUCCCAAUCUGUACUGCUUCUUCUGCUGCUGCUGCUGCAAACUUUUUUCCCUCUCGCCUCAGGCGAUUGGGUUCGGCGCUGUGCUUUCUUGUGGUUGGUUGCUUGCUUCGUCUGUUGGUGUUGGUGUUCUUGGUCUUGGGCGAGUCGGCAUGCCUCCGUUCCAUGAUUACAGAGAUGGCGGGGUUCUGGUGCUGGAGCCGGCGGCGGCUCUGUUCGGCGGCGUGAGGUCGCGGAAGCGCGCGCGGGUCACGGCCGUGCCCCCCUGCGCCUUCGCCGAGGCGGUGGAGGAGGAGGUGACGGCGGCGAGCAAGAGGCAGAAGCGGAGGGAGGCGCCGUCGCUGGACGCGCUCCCCGACGAGUGCCUCUUCGAGAUCCUCCGCCGCGUGAAGGGCGCCCGCGCCCGGUGCGCCUCCGGGGCCGUGUCGCGCCGCUGGCUCGCGCUCCUCGGCGGCAUCCGCGCCUCCGAGAUCAAGCGGGCGGCGGCGGCUGCUGCCGUGCCGGACCUCAACCAGGAGUUCGUCGACGAGGAGGACGAGGACGAGUUCGAGGUGCCCCUUGGCUGCUCCUCCGAGAGGUGCCUCGAGGGCCGCGAGGCCACGGACGUCGGUCUCACGGCCGUGGCCGUCGGCGACUCCCUCCGCGGCCACCUCGAGAGCCUCGUCAUCCGUGGGAGCCACCCGACGCGCGGCGUCACCGACGCCGGCCUCUCCGCCGCCGCCCGCGGCUGCCCGUCGCUCCUCUCGCUUGCCCUAUGGCAUGUGCCGCAGGUGACUGAUGCUGGGCUCGCCGAGAUCGCCGCCGGCUGCCCCUCGCUGGCGAGGCUUGACAUCACCGGCUGCCCGCUGAUCACCGACAAGGGCCUCACCGCAGUUGCUCAGGGGUGCCCGGACUUGAAGGCAGUGACCAUUGAGGCAUGCCCCGGUGUUGCCGAUGAGGGUCUCAAGGCCAUUGGUCGGUGCUGCGCAAAGCUGCAGGCGGUGAACAUCAAGAAUUGUGCCCAUGUUGGUGACCAGGGUGUCUCUGGCCUUGUCUGCUCGGCGGCCGCGUCGCUUGCCAAGGUCCGCCUCCAGGGAUUGAGCAUCACCGAUGCUUCUCUUGCUGUGAUUGGGUACUAUGGAAAGGCGAUCACCGAUCUUACCCUCGCCCGCCUUCCCACGGUUGGCGAGAGGGGUUUUUGGGUGAUGGCCAAUGCCCUUGGCCUGCAGAAGCUCAGGUGCAUGAGUGUCAGCUCCUGCCCGGGAGUAACGGAUCUUGCGCUCGCGUCUAUUGCCAAGUUCUGCCCAAGCUUGAAGCAGCUCAGCCUCAAGAAAUGCAGCCAAGUCUCGGAUGGUCGUCUCAAGGAUUUCGCGGAGUCGGCAAUGGUUUUGGAGAGUUUGCAGAUUGAGGAAUGCAACAAGGUUACACUCAUGGGCAUUCUUGCUUUCCUCCUCAACUGCAGCCCAAAGUUUAAGGCCCUCUCACUGGUCAAAUGCAAUGGGAUCAAGGACAUCUGCUCUGCUCCUGCUCAGCUUCCAUUGUGCAAGUCUCUCCGAUCCCUGACCAUCAAGGAUUGUCCAGGUUUCACUGAUGCCAGCUUGGCUGUGGUUGGCAUGAUCUGCCCUCAGUUGGAGAAUGUUGAUUUGAGUGGUCUUGGUGCGGUUACGGACAACGGGCUCCUUCCAUUGAUCAAGAGUUCCGAAAGUGGGCUGGUCCAUGUGGACUUGAACGGCUGCGAGAAUCUCACAGAUGCUACCGUCUCUGCCCUGGUGAAGGCACAUGGUAGUUCGCUCGCACGCCUCAGUCUCGAAGGUUGCAGCAAGAUCACUGAUGCAAGCCUGUUUGCCAUUUCCGAGGGCUGCACUGAUCUUGCGGAACUUGAUCUUUCAAAUUGCAUGGUCAGCGACUACGGUGUUGCUGUGUUGGCAUCAGCAAGGCAGCUCAAACUUCGUGUCCUCUCACUUUCUGGUUGUUUGAAGGUUACCCAAAAGAGUGUUCCUUUCUUAGGCAGCAUGUCGGCAUCAUUGGAGGGCCUCAAUCUCCAGUUCAACUUCAUUGGCAACCACAACAUUGCAUCGCUGGAGAAGCAGCUCUGGUGGUGCGACAUCCUUGCGUAGAGGAACUAGUUGCUGGAGGUGCUGGGUCAUCCAUCUCCAGAUGCAAAUAUACGACCAUAGCAGUAGUACUUCAGCCAAGCUUCACAGCAGAGUUGGUUUCUUGGCUGUCUUGAGUCAUGGUGGACUUCCUUUGUCUUAGGGCCGGUUGUUUUCCGAGGGGGCGUUUUUAGCCAAGCGCUCGUUUUUUUGCAGGUAUCCUCUUGGGGUAUGCCUGUUCCUUGAGCCUUCGGCUGCCAUUAGCGUGGCACCCUGCCCCCUCUACCCCAACCUUAUCCUGGUUGAUUACAGUCAUUACAUCAUGCUCUUUUUUUUAGAUUGAGUCGUGUUUGGAGCUCAAACAUUGUCAAGUGUGUGUUCUUUUCUGGUAAUUCUGGUUAGAGUUGCAGACAUCAACCAACAAUGUUGGAUCCUAGCAAGUUCGACUCAUCGGCAUUGCAUUGUCAUUGAUUCUUAGCUGCUCCAGUUCUUCAAUGUCCAGGUGUCCGCGAUCUCUUCCAGUGCGUAUGGUUGUUCCAGUUCUAGUCUUGUUCGGCUUGCAGUAUCAUGGGUAGUGUGUGUGUGUGUUUGCAAUGGGGGUUGCUUCUUAUGGUGUUUGUUGGGGUCUCCUGAUAUCGUUGGGGAUCCGGCCUUUGCAAGGUGCAUUCUGAAGGGCCUUGCCAUGACAACCUUGUGUGGUUGUUUUUCUAAUCCGGAUCCCUGGUUUUGCUGGCAGAUUGUUGAAUGCUGUAAUCUUUGUAACCUUCCCAGAUUAAAUAAAAUGUGUGUUUCCUUUCA